AUGGCGAAAAGUCAAUUAAAGAAUAAAAACGAAGGGACGACUACGACAACUCCCGUAGUUCUUACAAUGCCACUCAAAACGCACCCAAAUUUCAAGCGAAUAGCACGUGAACAGGCUGCUCGAGCUAUUGCGAAAUACCAAUCUAAAGCAAAAGUUGGAACAGUUCCCUUAGUUAAUUAUCAAAAUGAUUCAGAGUGGUAUGGUGAGAUAUAUAUCGGCACGCCUCCACAAGUAUUUAAUGUUGCAUUCGACACUGGAUCAUCAACUUUUUGGGUCUUUGGACCAGGUGCAAACUUGGAUUCCUACCCACACCACGUAUAUGAACCCAACAAAUCAUGCACAUAUAAAAACGACGGUCGUGCUUGGAACAUAACUUAUGGUGAUAACGGAAUGGUCGGUGGCGUUUUGGCGCGGGAUGUAACGUUAGUCGGUGCAGUUCGUGUUCCUGGACAAAUAUUUGGUAUCGCAAACGAAGCUAAUACACUUUAUGUGAUGGAUAUAAUUGAUGGUUUGGUUGGUCUUGGAUUCAAGUCCAAUACCGCUGUCAAAGGAAUUAAACCAUUGUUUGAUAAUAUGAUUGAUAGACAUCUGCUAAAGAAGAAUUUAUUCUCGGUAGCUUAUGUUAAAGAUGCAUGCGGUGGUGAACUAAAUGGUGGAGAAAUUCGUUUUGGAGGAAUAAAUCACGCAUAUUUUACUGGUGAUAUUUUGUAUUUAAAAGCCAUUCAACCAUCCUCCUAUUGGGUAGUGAUGGCUAAUGAUAUACAAGUAGGCAACAAUGCUCCAUUAAAUAUGUCAGGAAAAGCUAUUAUUGACACAGGCGGCUCGAUAAUAACACUGCCAAGUGACGUUGCCUCUGCAGUCUAUUCACAAAUUCCUGGAUCAUACUUUGAUUCAGAUUAUGGUGGAUGGUUAUUACCUAUUAACACCGAUCCGUGUUUAGUUAUUUAUUUCGUGUUUUCCGGUCGGAAAUUUGGUAUUCCGGUUGCUGAUAUUAUAUGGGAUCCAGUCAAUGGUACGAAUUAUGCUGGUGGUGGGAUUCAAGUCCAACCGGGGACUUAUUGGAUUUUGGGUGGCAUAUUUAUAAAAAAUGUCUAUACAGUUUUCGACCGUACAAAAGUUAAACCAAGAGUUGGCCUCGCAACACGCAGACAAUUUGAUUGUGAUAUAAACUAA